GUGGUGGGCCAAUUUCGAUUGCUGAGUACAUGGAGGAAGUUUUGACAAAUCCUAAGGCUGGUUUCUACAUUAAUCAGGAUGUGUUUGGAGCAGAGGGUGAUUUUAUAACCUCCCCUGAAGUAAGGCAAAUGUUUGGGGAGAUGGUUGGUGUUUGGGCCAUGUGCCUGUGGGAGCAAAUGGGACAACCAAGUAAAGUUAACCUUGUUGAGCUGGGUCCAGGACGAGGAACUGUGAUGGUUGAUCUUCUUCGUGGUGCCUCCAAAUUCAAGAACUUCACUGAAUCAUUACAAAUACAUAUGGUGGAAUGUAGCCCAACACUGCAGAAGCUUCAGCACAGCAACUUGAAAUGCAAGGAUGAAGAUAAUACCGAUGACAAGGUUAACAAAAGGAGUGUCAGCACAUUGACUGGGACUCCUGUGACAUGGCAUGCUGCACUGGAGCAGGUUCCUUCAGGAUUGCCUACAAUCAUCAUUGCCCAUGAGUUUUAUGAUGCUUUACCAGUUCAUCAAUUUCAGGUUUGUCUUAUUAAUUUGAGUUGUUCUGGAUGAUAGUUGUGUCUCUUGUUAUAUUAUAUA